CCAGCGUCCGUAGCCGUUUUGGCUCAAGACGCCCAGAGCCUUGCCUCGGCCACCGCUCACGCCCGCAUACCCCGCGUGCACACACAUGGCUUUGCCGUCGAACAAAAGGCUGGCUGCUGGAACGAUAGGUGCCGUCCUCGCGGCCAGGUGCGCUGUCCUCCUUUCAGGAUGUGAUGAUGCUGCAGUGGUUGACGCAGAACCGAAUGUUGCCCUGGCUGGGCUCGCAGAGGAGGUGAUGGUGCAGAGGGCCCAUGGCACGUGCGUCGGCCCUCCUCGGAGCCCGCUGCGAUGGGGUUCUGAUGUGGGCACGGCUGACCGCAUCUGCUGCUUCAACCGCCACUACGCCGAGUACGGGGGAUAUUUUCAAACAACCACUUUCUUCGACGAUCAGAGGUCAGUCGAAACGACUGUGUUCUACGAUAGCAUCACUGGGCACCCGCUAUUCGAAGCCCCCAUCGGCCGUAGCUUCGAUGAGUUUUAUACGGAAAGCGUUCAGCACGGGUGGCCGAGCUUCCGCGACGCCGAAGUGCGCUCCGAUUUCGUUCGAGUGUUGGAAGAUGGAGAGGUCGCGAGCGUGAAUGGUACACACCUCGGCCACAACCUCCCUGACAGCAAGGGGAACAGAUAUUGUAUCAACAUCGUCUCCGUGGCUGGAUAAUCGAAGAAUCAUUUGCAGGUUGGGCGCGGAUUCUCUUCGCCGACUUCAAGUCGUCGCACACAGCGAGGUCUGCCAGGCCGUUGCACCAUAGCCACUGGUGGUAGUGAGACGGCGGGCGCCAGAGGCAUCCGACGACACGCCGCAAGUGCGAGGAGCUGUUCGUGGCGCUCGUGAAAUAUUGACUUUGGCCCAGCGGCGUUCCACCAUUCACGUUUCGAGUGGGUCUUACGCAGUACUUGUCACAUCUGACCCCCGAAUCCAUGCCUCCCUCCCCCCCUGAUUCUUUACUACUCCCUGCUUCCUCCCUCCUCCAGGGAGGAGCCCCGAAGGCCAAGCAGAGCCUCGGAUCGCGCACUCCAGGCACUUGAGCUGAAUUUUUGGGGUUAGGUUUUCACACAGGUCAGACUCGUGUACCUGCAGAACUCCGCCGCCGCCACUACUCCUCC